AUGCGCGUGUCUCGCAUUUACUAUUUGAAAGAUGAAAUAACACAACUCCAAAAAGAUUACGAUUUUCGCACACGACAAGCACUGGACCAAUUCAAUCAACAAAAAAAUCAUUGUAAAGAAAUUCUACUUACAACGAUUGAUGAACUUGAAUGUAUUGUUAACACAAGUGAAAUACGAAAAUAUUUACAUGACUUGUCUGUUAUGAUAUCUAACAUCAUUGACAAUGAUCCAAUAUUUUUACUAUGUCGCACUAAUAGUAUUUGGCAAUGGAUAUUAGAAAUUCUAUCGGUAUCAACCCCAGAUUUUGUAAAUAAUUUAUCCGGUGGAGAAACAUUUCAAGAAAAAUUAAAAGAACUUAUGAAAAAGAUAAGAAGAGAGAGUUCAGAAGUCUCUGAACGGAAAGACAAGAAUGUGUCCAAACUAGCUGAAUAUUUCAAGACUUUCAUUGAUAAAAUUAACAAUCUACAAACACACAGCACGCCACGUGCAAUUAAAAUAGUUUGGUAUGAUGCGUCUGUUGGAAAUGAAGAAAAUCAGUCAUAUGUUAAACGAAUUCAAGAGAAAUUUCCAAAAAAUACAUUUAUACAAUGUAUUAAUGAGGAUUCUUUGAUUCAAUUAAUUGUAUCUGAAACUGCACAUGAAAUUAUUUUAAUAACAUCAGGCAAAAACGGUAAAUCAAUUAUUGAUAAGAUUGGUUAUUAUUGGAACCUUCAAGGUGUUAUUAUCUACUGUAGUAAUGUGAAUUAUCAUCAAAUAUGGACAAAGCCAUAUAAAAAAAUAACAUUAGUCACAAACCGAUUUGGUGAUGUUCUUGAUGAAAUUGAUAAUAUUCUGGGUGGCAAGUCUUAUUUUAUUCUCAAAGGUUUUACAUAUGAUGAUAUUUGUUUAAAUUUAAAAGUGAUACAUAGUCCAUAUUAUUACUUAUCAUCUGUAGCGACUGAUGGUUUUGUCAUCUCCAGUUUUAGUCAAGUUAAUUUGGAUACACAGUAUCACAAGAGAAUUAUGCAACAAUUACAUAAAAAAAUUCAAGAAAAAAAUGUUUUUAGUGGCCAAGUUCCUAUUCAUUUUCAAUUGAGUAAUUUGGAGUCGGUGGCUGAACAUUUCAUUCAAGCCUUUGAUACCAAAUCAUUAAAACCCAUUGAACAUCAAAUAAUCCAUUUCUAUUCACAAUCAACACCAUGUUUCUACAAGGUUGUUAACGAUGUUUUAAAUCUAUUAGAUGAAGAAUUGAUUGUAUUAAUUGGUGACUAUAUCAAAACGUUGAGAUAUGCAUUGAUUAUAUACACUGAUGAUGAGUCCAAAAUGAAAAAUAAGAGAACCCUAGAACUUUAUAGAGGAAUUUAUUUAGAUCAGCAAUCAAAGGAAAACUUCUUAAAGAAGUUCAAAAUUAAUGAUUAUAUUAUAUUUCCAUCAUUUCUAUCAACAACAAUGGGCAAAGCAACUGCUUUACAAUUUUGCCAAGAAAAUGGUGUUCUAUUGAAAAUAACUAUUGAUACUGAAAGCAGUCGUGGUGGUAAUGCACCAAAAUGCAUCAAACAAAUCUCAAAAUUUUCCGAGGAAGAAGAAGUAUUAUUUAACUGUUUUUCAAUGUUGAAAGUCAACAAUAUAACUGAAAUCAAAUCAAAUUUUUACAUUUAUGAAUGCUCUCAGGAAACACUCGGAUAA